UUUCAGGAUCUGUCUAAACAAAUGGAUAUAUCUUAUGGUACAGUUAGAGAUUCAGCAGUGUAUGAAUACUUUAAAGCAAAAGGAACAAACCCUCUGGAGCAGGAUAACACAUUUGCUGAACUGUGGAGGACAAUAAGUAAGAAUAAUGGGGCAGAUAAUUGUGUAUCGAACCCUUCUGAAGGCAUCAGGAAGGCAAAGAAAGGAAAUUAUGCAUUCCUGUGGGAUGUGACAGUGGUGGAAUAUGCUGCGCUGACAGAUGAUGAAUGCUCUGUGACAGUCAUUGGUAACAGCAUCAGCAGCAAAGGAUAUGGAAUUGCACUCCAGCACGGAAGCCCCUACAGAGAUCUUUUCUCCCAGAGGAUCUUAGAGUUGCAAGAAAGUGGAGAUUUGGAUGUUCUUAAACAAAAAUGGUGGCCACGGAUGGGACGUUGUGACCUGAAUAGCCACACAAAUGCACAGACAGAUGGGAAGGCUCUCAAGCUGCACAGUUUUGCAGGCGUUUUCUGCAUAUUAGCAAUAGGCCUUCUUCUUGCCUGCUUGGUGGCAGCAUUGGAGUUGUGGUGGAACAGCAACCGUUGUCAUCAAGAAACACCGAAAGAGGUACAGCAUGGGCAGCAGCAGUGCAAACUUCCCCACAUUGCCCCACCAAUGUGCCUCAACCCUGACCUGGAGAGACCACCUUUAGGGGAUAAAGAAGUGAACCUGGAGCAGGUCCAUAGACGCAUGAACAGUUUAAUCGAUGAAGACAUAGCCCACAAGCAGAUCUCUCCAGCGUCCAUCGAGAUCUCAGCCUUGGAGAUCGGUGGCAUGCAGCCAGCUCAGACCCUGGAGCCGGUACGCGAAUACCAGAACACGCAACUUUCUGUCACCACCUUUUUACCAGAACAGACAACUCAUGGUGCCAGCAGGACACUCACAGCUGCCUCUGGCAGCAACCUGCCGCUGCCCCUGAGCAGCUCGGCCACCAUGCCCUCCAUACAGUGUAAACACAGGUCGCCAAAUGGAGGACUAUUUCGUCAGAGCCCCGUGAAAACCCCAAUCCCUAUGUCAUUUCAGUCUGUGCCGGGGGGAGUCAUUCCAGAAGCAAUGGAGCCCUCUCACGGAACGUCCAUUUGAUGAAAACAAACAGUAACACAACCAGCAGAGCUUUUUAAUACAAAAUUAAAAACAAAC